AACGGCGAUUUAACAGGAAACUCCUGAAUGUAAACAACCACUGGUAGUGUACACAAUGCUGUCCGCAGAUCGGGACAAUUUUCUCGAAAAAUACGUGGAUAGAAAGGUUGAUUUCGAUAAACGGAGUUGCAGUGAAUGUUUCCAUCACUACGAUUUAGACAGGGACAGUGCAUUAAGUCAGUCAGAGUUUGAGGGGCUACUGUCAGACUUAUUUUGUGAUGGAGGGCAGCCGUACCCAAUCACCUCACAGGUUCUAUCUCAGUUUAUGGAGCUACUGGAUAUAGACAAGGAUGGUAAAAUUAGCAAGAAAGAAUUUAUGGAGAACAGUUUUUAUUGGCUGAAACAGAUCUUACAGCCAGUGGCAGCCUUGGUUAUUGUUGAUGUACAGAAUGACUUCCUUGAUGGAAGUUUGUCACUAAGGAAUUGUCCUGCUGGACAGGAUGGAAAUGGUGUGAUUCCAGCAAUCAACUCUGUACUGGACACAGUGACCUUCGACCUUGUGGUGUAUACACGUGACUGGCACCCUGAGGAUCACAUAUCCUUCAUAGAAAAUGUUGACAAACGACCACUACAAACAAACUCACAUAAAUCACAGGUACCUCCUAAAGUGCUGGACACAGUGGUGUUUGAGGGACCCCCUGUUACAGAGCAGAAACUGUGGCCUUCCCAUUGUGUUCAGGGGUCAUGGGGUGCAGAGAUUCAUCCAGAUCUCAAAUUUGUGGAAGGAGGGGUUAUUGUAAACAAAGGAAUGCGGUCAGAUGUGGACAGUUACUCUGCUUUCUGGGACAACAACAAACUAGCUGAAACAGAUCUAGUCCGAAUCCUGUCCAAACAUAAAGUUACGGAUGUAUAUUUGUGUGGUGUAGCAUAUGAUGUAUGUGUAGGUUCAACAGGAGUACAUGCCCUUGAACACGGAUACAGGACAAUUCUUAUAGAGGACGCUGCUCGUGGGGUCAACCUAGACGACAUCAGUAAUAUGAGGAAAAAUCUACAGGAGAAGGGGGCAGUUAUUACCAACUCAUCAAAGGUGAAGGAUCUGGUAGAAAGCGUCGACAGGCAGGUUGCUCUUGGAUACCAGACAGCAAAAAAUGUUGCCCUGGCUCGACGCAUGGUCAAGGAAGGAAUGGUGAAGACUAAAGAAUGACAGAUCUUCUGAUGCUUGUCCAUCAUCUUCCAUUGUCCAUUUGCCAUUGUGUGAAGUUAUUUGUGAUUUUCCAUGAUUUAUCAAAUUAUUUUUUGGUAGGCUUGUCCUAAAUGUCCAAGGAUCAAAAUGACACAACAAGAGAUUGAUAGCUUAUAAUGCAACAUGGUUUGCAGUUAGAAAAAAAUCUCUUUAGUUAAUGUUAUAAAAUACAUUUUUGUAUAUGAGUCCUAUAUACUGUUAUAAAACUGUAUGUAUAGGUUUUGACAUAUAACUUAACAAUGUGGAGGGAAAUGUUUGUUAGGAUGAAGGUUGUUGUUGACGUUCCAGGUUUGAUUUCAGGUGUUGUUGAGUAAACACCUGGCAAUAUAAUGAUAUAUAUAUUUACAAGGAAAACACAAGUCAAAGCAUUCCAUUUCAAGGCAUAUGUGAUAUCACAAAUUCAGACAAAAGUCAUAUUUCAGAGAUUCUAUUUUAAAUAUUCCUACAUUUAACUUCAUUGAUUCCUGCGAUAUGUGAGUAUAGUCUAACGUUGAUGAUAAUCCUAUAUCUCACAUUAGUUUAGAAUCUCUGUAUCAGGGGAGACAAUUCUAUAUCAAUAUUAGACAGAAAUUGCUACAAGGGAGAUAACUCUGUCAACCUCAAAGGAAUUAUCUUUUAGACUAUUCCUAUCACUAAUCGGUUCCUAGUCCUAUAUUGUGAUAUAAAUGCUACACACCCAUCUUACUAACUAGUAUUACUAAACUUUGCGAUAAUGUUUACAUCAUUUACUAUAUUGGAUCCUUUUAAUAGUUUAUAUAUCUUUGUAUAAAGACAAACUUUAGAUAAAAUAUCUAAGUAUUGAUGAAAGCUAUUUUUAUAUCCACAGUUACCAAACAUAUGUAUGAACAACUUGUCCAGUUCUGUAUCAGAUAGAGUUAUCAUCCUUCCAUUUGGAUAAACCUCUAUUUUUCUACCAAGGAAUGUGAAGUACUUGUUGUGAUCAGAUGGGAUAACAUUUAAUUUUAUACAUAGGCUUUACCUUUGGGAACAGGAUACAAUUGGUGUUUUAGCCGAUGUUUCAUCUAGAUAUUAACGUCUUGUGAAAUGAAGGCAAAACAUCUCAAGUCAGGUGAAUAAAUUAUGUUUCUGAGGUGUUUUUAGGGAUUAAAACCAGUGUUUCAUAUAUCAACACUGUUAACGUUAUAUACACAUGUACAUGUAUGUGAUGUGUAAAGUGAUAGUGACAGUAGGGAUGUGUACAUAUAUACCUGAUCACAGAUAAAACUAAUCCGACAUAGUCCUUUGUAUUGUCAUUAGCCAAAAUAGAUUAACAAAAUGAGUAUAAAUUGAAGUUAGUGAAAGAAUUACUGUUAUAAACUGCUUUACUCAAAUAGUAUUAUAACUGCAAUGCUAACUAUACUAACGGUCGAAGAACUGGUAUGAAACAUGACGUCUUAAGUCCACCACAAACAAACAUCAUUGUAAUAUCCACAGUCUUCAUAAAGAAAACAGAUUCCAAUUUGGUUUUAAAGAGUUACUGUCAAAAAGAGGUAGUGAUCUGACUUAUAAACUAUAUUAUACUAUAUCAUAAACAAUUAAUCUGAUGAUUAAGUUUUUGCAAUACCUUUAUAUCGCAAUCAACUGAAAGAUUAAAAAAGUGUCCAUACAAUGAUCCUUAUAAUGAAACAGAUUACAGUUAGGUAAGUUAUCAUACCGCUGGUAAUCCAGUAGUUAGGUAAGUUAUAUCACUGGUAAUCCAGUAGUUAGGUAAGUUAUCAUAUCACUGGUAAUCCAGUAGUUAGGUAAGUUAUCAUAUCACUGGUAAUCCAGUAGUCAGGUAAGUUAUCAUAUCACUGGUAAUCCAGUAGUUAGGUAAGUUAUCAUAUCACUGGUAAUCUAGUAGUCAGGUAAGUUAUAUCACUGGUAAUCCAGUAGUUAGGUAAGUUAUCAUAUCACUGGUAAUCCAGUAGUUAGGUAAGUUAUCAUAUCACUGGUAAUCCAGUAGUUAGGUAAGUUAUCAUGUCACUGGUAAUCCAGUAGUCAGGUAAGUUAUAUCACUGGUAAUCCAGUAGUCAGGUAAGUUAUCAUAUCACUGGUAAUCCAGUAAUUAUCUAUUGCCUGGACACCUGUAUAAACAUCGAGUGAGAUCUAACUACCCUGAAGUGUGACCCAGCCAGGUGGAAUUGAUUACCUCCACGUACUAUAAUGGUACCUUGUCUAAAAUAUGAGUUGUCAGUUUACGUGAUCACUGAGGUUUCUGGUAUGUAUAAAGCCAUGUGGUAUUCAUGUUAAAGGGAUAUAACAUCUGCUAAUGUCUGAUAUUAUAAUUUAGGAUUUUAAUGUUCGUGUGCUUAAUUUGUCGCAAAUAUAGUGAAAAUUGCAUGCAUGAGAUAACCCUGUUAUAUGAUACAUGGUGUAUAAAUAGGGAUGGGAUUAAACAAAGGUAGGAACUAGCUGAAUGAUGGAAACACACUGGUCAAAUACAUCGUACACAUGCUAGUUUGUUUGUUAGCUAGGUUUAUCAUCCUGUGAACAGCAUGGCCAUUUAGAGUUGGGGUCUCUUUGUAGUAGUUUGUGACUACUUCACUGAACAUUAUACGAGAGGCUUGCCACAUGUCAUUCAGAGUAAUUAGGGUAAAGUGUCUUGCCCAAGGACACAACUAUGAUAGACCAGCCCGUUUCUCAGCUUCCUGAGAAACGCAAACUGACACAGGUUACGGGAGCAAGUUCUUGGCCCCUUGAUCGACUUACAAUAACUUUGGCUCCUUUUGGGUCCAGACAUUUUGAAAUCUAAAUGUUAGCUCUGUGAACAUGUGGUACAAUUUUGUGCCUAAUAUUAAACUUCAAUAUCAAACUUUUCAACUCUGCUGAAAAUUUAGAUAAUUCAACAAAAUGAUAAGGUGAUAUCCAAUUCCUUUAUUCAUAGUUUGGUUUGUGGAUGCUGCAAUUAUAGGGACUGGAUUUAUUUACCUAGUGAGAGACAAAAAAUCUACUGGUCUGUCGGGAUAGCUUGUUAAAAACCCUAUUGGUCCACCAGAAAAACUACUACAGUGGACCAAUGGCUAAUUCCACCCAUGUAUAAACAUCUUCCAUUUAACAUCACAAUACAUGUAUGUAGUUAUAUUCUAAUCAAAUAUAUUUAGGGGAAAAUUUCAAAACACAAACAGAUUGACUCUUAAGUUUACAGGGUAACCCUAAGGACUGGUGAUCGAAUCCUGACUCCUAAGUUUACAGGGUAACCCUAAGGACUGGUGAUGGAAUCCUGACUCCUAAGUGUACAGGGUAACCCUAAGGACUGGUGAUCGAAUCCUGACUCCUAAGUGUACAGGGUAACCCUAAGGACUGGUGAUCGAAUCCUGACUCCCUAAGUGUACAGGGUAACCCUAAGGACUGGUGAACGAAUCCUUUGUUACAUCUAGAGAUCUGAUCAAAUACCAAAAGUUGUCUGUAGGAUUUACUUCAUUAUCCAGUAUGUUUUUUUUAGAAAAGCCAUAUAAUUUCUUCAUGAAUGUUAACAUUACCAUCACAUUAUUUUGAUAAAUAUUUCCAACACAAAAGAGAUUUUCAUAUUUUAAACUAUUGAAUUAAAUUCUUCAAGUUUAAUGUACUCAAUGACUGAAUAAGGUUGAGACUUUUCCUGCAAAUAUAGAAAAACAAUGAACAUUGUGUAGAAUAUGAUUCUCCAGAACUGAUAUUUUAUGAUUGAUAUGAUGCACUCACGUUCUCCCCAGGCUGUUGUGGGCAACUUGUGGCACCCCUGUAUAAUAUCUGAUAGCGACCCCUAAUACUAGCUCUCCUAGUAGGGGGUCAGGAUUUACCCUGUAUCUGGUAGGGGUUAAGAUUUACCCUGUAUCUGGUAGGGGUUAGGAUUAACCCUACAUCUGGUAGGGGUUAAGAUUUACCCUGUGUCAAGUCUUCUACAGAUGAAUAUAAUUCCUUCAUCUGUUGAACAGCUGUCUGUGGAGAACACCGUGUUUAGACACUUACCUCAGUUUGUAGAUAUCUUAAUUUUUUUAUCUUUUUUUUUCAAUGUAAAUAAUAAUUUGUUAGUACAUAGUAUGAACAGUAUGUUGGGUCAGUAUUCUGUGAUUAUUAAAUCUUUUUCACAAGUCCAUCCUAGAUAUGGCUGUGACUUACUCCGUACAGUGUAAUCUUUGUGGCUGUGACAUACUCUGUACAGUGUAAUCUUUGUGGCUGUGAUAUACUCUGUACAGUGUAAUCUUUGUGGCAGUGACAUACUCUGUACAGUGUAAUCUUUGUGGCAGUGACAUACUCUGUACAGUGUAAUCUUUGUGGCUGUGAUAUACUCUGUACAGUGUAAUCUUUGUGGCAGUGACAUACUCUGUACAGUGUAAUCUUUGUGGCAGUGACAUACUCUGUACAGUGUAAUCUUUGUGGCAGAGUGACAUCUCUGUACAGUGUAAUCUUUGUGGCUGUGAUAUACUCUGUACAGUGUAAUCUUUGUGGCAGAGUGACAUGCUCUGUACAGUGUAAUGUUAUACUGCUGUAAACGUGUGAGUGUGUUUAUUUUGUAUAUUAGUUAUACCAUUCCUCUUACUUCUGUCUAGUCCAUUUUUCUUUGAAGACAGGUUUUCAGCCAUAAUGAAUAUUCAACAGAAUUCCUCACACCGUAUUAUAUACCUCCUGUGAAAAUGAUGUUAGGAAUGGUCAGUCAUGGUUGACUGUACCUGGUCAGUUUGGUGAUUUUUCUAGUCUACACAUCAGGCACCUUACCUAUAUCCACCUUUGUAUGUGUGAUCAAAAAGCUGUUUCCAUUCCUUUUUGUAGGGUUACAGCCCUUUACUCAGCAGAACAAAGCCUUCUCCAGAUCAGAUUUCUUUCUAUUUUCCAGAAAUGACAUGAUCAUGAUGAAGUGGAGUACCUAUGACAUAUACAUGUAUGUGGCUUUCAAACUGGAGACACAGAUGGUCAGUCAUUGAGUGACUUAACUUUUAUACCACUUAGAUGGUCUUUCAUUGAGUGACUUAACUUUCAUACCACUUAGAUGGUCCUGUCAUUGAGUGACUUAACUUUGAUAUCACUUAGAUGGUCUGUCAUUGAGUGACUUAACUUUCAUGCCACUUAGAUGGUCUGUCAUUGAGUGACCUUUUUGAUACCACUUGGAUGGUCCUGUCAUUGAGUGACUUAACUUUGAUAUCAUUUAGAUGGUCUGUCAUUGAGUGACCUUUUAUACGAUUUAGAUGGUCCUGUCAUUGAGUGACUUAACUUUGAUAUCACUUAGAUGGUCCUGUCAUUGAGUGACUUAACUUUCAUGCCACUUAGAUGGUCCUGUCAUUGAGUGACUUAACUUUGUCUCAUUUAUAGCUACUCAACACGUAACCUAGUUUGUGUUUUCCUGUUGGUUCCAUAUUACUGAUUGGGAGACAUAUAAUUUUAGCCAUGUCCGUCCUGUUUCAUCAUCUUUUUUCUGUCAUUUGAUCCUGAUGCAUUGUCAUCGAUCUUCAAAACUUCAAAUAUUUCACUUAACUUUAGUGAAGUACAUCUUAUCAAGUCAUAAGUCAGAUUUACUUUAUAAAAGUGGAAUACUUCUUAUCAAGUCAUGAGUCAGAUUUAUUUUAUAAAAGUAAAGUACUUCUUAUCAAGUCAUAAGUCAGGUUGGAAGGUCAUCACACAUAAUGUCAUCAAAGCUAAUGUCAUUGUAGCUAAUGUCAUCACAGUUAAUGUCAUCACAGCUAAUGUCAUAAAGACUAAUGUCAUGACAGCUAAUGUCAUCACGGCUAAUGUCAUCACGGCUAAUGUCAUCAAGGCUAAUGUCAAUACAGCUAAUAUCAUCACAGUUAAUGUCAUAAUGUCGUGACAGCUAAUGUCAUAAUAGCUAAUGUCAUGACAGCUAAUGUCAUAAUAGCUAAUGUCAUCACAGCUAAUGUCAUAGCUAAUGUCAUAAUGUCAUCACAGCUAAUGUCAUUAUGUCAUGACAGCUUAUGUCAUCGCGGCUAAUGUCAUCUCUAUGUUUGGCUAUAAUUGACUAUUUGUUGAUGGAAUGUGAAACAAUACAAAGCAAAAGAAUAAUUUCUAUUUUUAGAAAAUCAGUCUACGGGGUAUUCCAUUGUCAAUUUCCAGUGACCUCAUUUCUGAAGACAUUUUAAUUUCAACUUUAUACAAAAGCCAGAAAUGAAAAAUAGAUGCGGUGGUAUUUCACAGUUGCAGUCAAGGCCAGACUUGCUGCUACUAAGUAAUCAAAGGAGCAAAUCUUAUGGAUUUUGAUCACUCUGUCAGAGGAUGAGUUCAUCUUUAAUGGUGCCACAUGCAAAGACACUGUUGAUAAACAAUAAAAGUAUUUUUACAUGGCCCCAGGGAUGUGUAUUACAGACAUACUCUUUAGUCUCUUAUUGAUUUUACCAUCAUUUGGAUACUGUCCUCAUUGUGACCAGGUUUAAUGUUUCCUGUCCUCCAAUGAUUUGUUUUAAUAAUGUUGAUGAUAUGUUUUCUUAUCUAUAAAAUAAUACUAAUAUCAAUUAAUAUUGACUGAGUUGAGUGAAGCAUUUGCAGAUUUGUGAAUUUUUUGUUACAUGAUAUGCAAAAUUUCAUAUGGGAAGAUUUUUAAUAUCUGACUGUCUUUAUCGUCACCACUCAAACACAUGCUACCUAACUGUGGUAUGUAGACUUAAGGAUGUAUGCUACCUUACUGUAACAUGGAGACGUAUGCUACCUUACUGUAACAUGGAGACUUAAGGCUGUAUGCUACUUUACUGUGGUAUGU